AUGGAUGUCCUUCGCAGGCGGAUCAUCGACGUGAGGCGGGCAGAUCAUGCUCGCAAUUCUCUGUUCGAUGACUUGGUCCAAAAGCUGGAUGACAUGCAAAAGACGAUGGACCGAAACGCAUUUAUCAUGGUGCUAAUAGACGGCGACUGCAUGCUAUUCUUAGAUGAGCUGGUUAAGAAAGGCAUUGCUGGUGGCGACGAAGCAGCCAAGUUACUCCGAAAGGCCGUCUUUGACUACAUGCGCUACGACGACAACUUCAAGCACGACCAUAAGAUUGUCAUUCGAGUCUAUGCCAAUUUGAGAGGCCUCAGUCACGCUUACGCCGAGAAGGGCAUCCUAAAAACCACCUCCGUAUUCACAGAUUUCGUACUGGGGUUCAAUAAAGCACAUCCAUUAUGUGAUUUUAUCGAUGCCGGAAAUCAUAAAGAGGCGGCCGAUUCAAAGUUAAAAGACAAUCUAAAUCUCUACGUUUACAAUGCCCAUUGUAAACACAUCAUAUUUGGUGCUUCUGCGGACAAUGGCUUUGCGUCCUUCCUGGGCUCAUUCUUGAUCGACACAGAGAUCUUGUCCCGCAUUAUACUGCUUAAAGGGCUUCCGUUUGCCACUGAAUUUGCGAGUAUUCUGCCCAAAUUGCGAUCGACCGAGUUCACCAACAUCUUCCGGGGCGAAGCCCUGGCUGAUGUGUCAAUGCCGCGGAAUCAUGGGCGUCGAAGUAUCGGAUUCGACCAAGCUCGUGAGAAAGAGUCACAGCUAAGUGGCCACAAUGAUUUCACUCUCCCGUGGCGAUCCAAGCCCGCCGCAAGGUUCGGUGCUAUCGAUGCCCCUGGGAACGAAACUACAGUAACUGGGACUUGGUACACCACCAUUAGCCCUGAAGGUGGAAAUCACCUACCCCGAGGUGAAAAUGAUGGCGACAUGGAUUCGCAGCACGAGUCACCUUCACGACUCGAUUUCCCGAAUUCGACCCUGUCGUCGACAUCUGGAGCGCGUCCGUCACGAAGUGAAAUCGAAGCCGCUCUCAUCGACAGCACUACUAGACGUCUAAACCAGUCUUCCCGAGGACUGGACUUCGGCCAUGUCAAACACGAUGUGGAGCUGGCGCUACGAUUGACCCCCGACUUCUGGGGCAAGAGCGAAGAAGACGAAUGGUUCCUCAGGAGCAAGGAUAUCAUCAAGAGGGCUGUGGAGGCCUGGGUGAAGCGAACGGGCAAUCCACCCCCAGGGAAUGCCACCUGGAUACGACAGAACCCUGUGUUUGCACGAACGUUACCCUCACCGGCGAUACCGGAUUCCUCCCAGGCCCAUCGCCCUGUCGAUGAAGACACGCAGACACCAGAUACCCGUCUCCACCUGCUCAUCCCCAAUAACAGCGUUGGUAAAAUCUUGCGCAACGCCAACAACCAACGGAUCGAUCUUCCCGAAGGAUUGGCCGUGCACCCAUCCACCCUGAAUGGGAUUCGAGACCGGAAUAAGCGUCUGUGCAACUCACACUAUCUCACUAACAACUGCCUAAAGAACGAUUGUGAUUAUGACCACAAUUCACGACUAAACGACGGAGAAUACGCGGCGCUGCUGUAUUUAUCUCGGACCCAGCCUUGCCCGCAAGGGUCCGCUUGUAACACCCUUCUCUGCGUCAAGGGUCACAUGUGCCCCAACGGAAUGAUUUGCAAGUACGGCGGCGCGUGCAAGUUCGCACACUUGCACGGGAUCGACACUGCGGUUGUGGCUUAA